CAUACCGUAUUGCUAGUAUCACGCAUGUGCCAUGUGGUAUCGCUGGAAUCAAUAUAGUAGCAUAUAUUAUAUUAUGUUCAUGGCUGGAAUCAAUAGCAGCUCAUUUUUUGUUUACAUCUCGAGGAAGCAAUAUAUGUAUCCCAUGGUAAAAUUAUACAGUUAAUUUUGAAUUUUCACAACUCAAAAAAUCAAACAAGUAACCGGUUGUGGAGUUUUAUUAAUUUCUUGAAUAUUUAGAGAAAACAAGUAAAAUAACAACAGUGGAACUGAUAACUUAUUAUGGAUCAACACAUUAUUAUUGCCCAGAUCAAUCGAUUCUUUCGGGAAAAAAUGUUUUGCGACAUAACUUUGAUAAGCAAUGAAGGCUUAGAAAUUUUAGCACACAAAGUUGUAUUAGCUUCAGUGAGCUGUGUAUUUCACACAAUGUUUACCAGCCAAUUCAAAGAAAGUGAUGAAAAUAAAGUUACUUUACAUGAUAUGGACUCUGAAGUUUUAGAAUCGAUAGUCAAAUUUGCAUAUACGGAUAAUGUUUAUAUUAAAAGUACAAAUGUCGAGAAAAUGUGGAUGGCUGCAGAUAUGUAUGGUCUAAACUAUAUAAAAGAAGUGUGUUGCAAGUUUGUUAAAAAUAACCUAAAUAGUAAAAAUUGUAUUAGUUUUAUGAAGACUUCAGAGUUAUUAUCGAACAAAGAAAUUUACAGUAUAUGUUGGUCGUAUUUUUUAAAUAAUUUCACCAAGGUUUUGAAAUCCAAAUUUGCACUAAAAAAACUGUUUGAAUUUUCAAUUGAUGAUGUCCUUAAGUUUAUUAAACUAGAUGAUUUAGUAGUUGACACUGAGGAAAAGAUAUUUGAUUUUAUAAUUGGUUGGAUAAGAUAUAACAAAAUUGAACGAAAUCACAUGUUACUGGAUUUAAUGAAAUGUGUACGUUUGUAUUUACUUUCAAAAGAAGGACUUCAACGGAUUUGUAGUGAACCGUACGUGACAAAUAACAAAGAUACUAUGGAUCAUUUGUUAAAAGAAAUUACCAAAAUUAACUUUGAUAAAUUAGCAAGUAAUUCUACAGUUGGGACAAGUAUUAUUUUCGGGAUUGGUAGCCAUUUGAAAUACGAUGAAAGCCGUGUGUGGUAUAUGGAUUUUAGAAGCAACGAUAAUUUAAAAUGGAAACCGAGCAAACAUUUAUUUUUUUGUCCUCGUCAUAAAGACACAAAGAUUGUACUCUGUGGAAAUGGAAUAAUACUUGCAAUUGGAGGUUUGAGUGUUGAUGGUAAAUACAUGAAUAUUGUAGAAGAACUAGAUCUGAAAUCGAAGUCAAAACAUUGGGUUCCGACAGCACCACUAAAUCGACCCCGAAGAUUUUUCACUGUCUGCACUCACGAGCAAUAUGUAUAUGUGAUCGGGGGUUUAAGUCUUAAUAUACGGCGUUGUGAUUUUGAGAAUGUGAUAGAAUAUUACGAUACAAAUUCAAAAGUAUGGACAGAAAUUAUCAAACCGUUGCCCACUCCUCGUAACUUGUGCAGUGCCACAAUUUAUAAUAAUCAUUUGUAUGUUUUUGGUGGAAAAAAUACAAACGUUCUUGCAAACGUGGACUACUAUGAUUUUGAAAAAAAAAACUGGAAACAACUGGAUCCAAUGCCGAUAGCUAAUUGGCUUAUGGGUAUAACAAGAAUAAAGAACAUCGUUUAUCUCGUUGGUGGUCUCGAGGGAUGUCAACGAGUUUUUAAAUUUGAUUUAGAAAAUUUAAAGUGGGAAGAAAUGCCUAAUUUGCACUACGGAACAAAUGAUGCAAACUCAAGCGUUUUUGUCAAGAAACACGACUUAUUCGUGUGUGUGAAUGAAUGUGCAGAACUUUGGUGUGAGAGACUCGACACAAAAGCAAGAAAAUGGCAAAUGGUCGACUGGGUAAAAACAAAAUUGAGGUUUAGUUCAAUUAUUCAUUUAAAUGAAAUUGAUUUGAAAUCGUAUGGUGUUCACUUGAACCGAUGAUUGCAGAAACGACACGGGUCAAUUUUUUUUUAACUUUUGAAAAUUGUAUAAUUUAAACAAUUUUGAAAUAAAUUUUAAUUUAAUAA